UGCAAUCUUGAAAGGGAGGAUGCACUCGCCUUUGGAGCAUCUCUAGAAACGAGCAGGUCGCCUUUACUCAGUCAGCUCUAAAUAAGCGUGCUUUAAAUCAAAGGAAAUCCCAGCUUUGCACGGAACAUGGCAUCAAAAUGUCCCAAAUGUGACAAAACUGUUUAUUUUGCGGAAAAAGUGACAUCCCUGGGAAAAGACUGGCACAAAUUCUGUCUGAAGUGUGAACGCUGUAACAAGACCUUGAAUCCAGGAGGACAUGCAGAGCAUGAUGGGAAGCCGUACUGCCACAAGCCAUGCUAUGCUGCCCUCUAUGGACCAAAAGGUGUGAAUAUCGGCGGGGCCGGAUCGUAUGUCUAUGAAACACCUGUCAACGAUGACACUGCUCCUGUUGCCAUGGAAACCAAGCCCAAGGCUGAGGAGAAGAAGACUACCAGGGGCCCAGUGAAGGCUGCAAGCUUCAGUUCGUUUUCUGGUCAGCCGAACAUCUGCCCAAGGUGCAACAAAACAGUGUACUUCGCUGAAAAGGUCAGUUCCCUGGGUAAAGACUGGCACAGACCCUGUCUGCGCUGUGAGAGGUGCAGCAAGACUCUGGCUCCAGGCAGCCAUGCAGAGCACGAUGGCCAGCCAUACUGCCAUAAACCCUGUUAUGCUGUUCUUUUUGGACCAAAAGGAGUGAACACUGGAGGUGUUGGCAGUUACAUAUACGAGGACCCAAACACUGAGAGCCAGUCCUAAGGAUCACAAUCACACCAGCAGUAUUAUUAGCAACCUUUGAUUCAAGUCUCUUGUCUGCUUCCUUGAACUCCACUUCCUCACUUUCUUGCGUCUGCACUGAUCUUGUUCAUCUACAGAGUGCCACUUACACUACUAAUUGUACUACAAUGUGCUAGUAUUACUAUUUACUAACAGGAAUAUGUGUUUAGCCUUUUUGCUGUAUUUAUACAUGGUUUAUAUAUUUUUAAGAAUGUAGUUAAGAUAUUGAUUUUUUUUGACUGUGACAUUAAAUUACCAGUAACACGACAAAAUUUAGUGCAGAAUGAAACGGUUGUGCCAUUAGUUCUAGCAUAUGAUUAGUUGUGUAGCAUUUUAGCACACUUAUUUAUUAUAGUUUACUGACAUAUGUUUUCUGAACUUUGCACUUAAGGUCUGUUUAUGUAUUAAAAACUUUGUAUUUGAAAUAAAAACAAAAUAUUGUUAAGUGUA